UUCUCAAUUCUCAACUCCCAUGGCUACAAGCAGCAGCUGCAGUUCCCCUUAUACCAACGGAUCAUCUCCAAUAACGACAAUAGCUCAAGACCAUCUCUUCUCCAUCUUACUCCUCUUACCUUUGGACUCCAUUUUUUGCUUUGCUCUAACUUGUAAGAAGUUCAGGUCCCUCACUUACUCAGACUCUUUAUGGGAAUCACUCUGCCGAAGAGAUUGGGGAAACUCCACCAUUGAUGCACUCAGAUCCUUUGCUGUUGACGGUAAACAACAACAAUUUCCUUGGAAGAAGCUCUACCAGCAAAUCUACCAAUUGGACUCUGUUUACUGUCGCAGACUGUUGACGCAUCCACAAGGAGGAGAAGAGCUGCUUCUUCCUCGACCUAGAGCUUCUCAUUCUCUCAAUUUUGUUUCUGGUUGUCUUGUUCUCUUCGGCGGCGGCUGCGACGGAGGAAGGCAUCUGGACGAUACAUGGGUAGCAUACGCUGGCAAUGACUUCAAGAGAAUAUUGGAAUGGAAUAAGAUUGAAUCAGGGGUACCAAGUGGCCGCUUUGGGCAUUCAUGUGUCGUGAUUGGCGAUUAUCUAGUGCUUUUUGGAGGAAUAAAUGAUCAUGGGGCCCGCCAAAAUGAUACAUGGAUUGGCCAAGUAGCGGUACACGAUGCAUUUGGUAUCACAUUAUCCUGGAGACUACUUGAUGUCGGUUCCAUUGUGCCUCCACCAAGAGGCGCUCAUGCUGCAUGUAGCAUGGAUAAAAGGAGGAUGCUGAUUCAUGGAGGGAUUGGUCUGUCUGGCUUGCGAUUGGGAGAUACAUGGGUAUUGGAACUGUCCGAGAAUCUUCAUCUUGGAGUUUGGCAAGAAAUUGUGACUCAUCCAUCUCCUCCAUCUCGCUCUGGACAUACAUUGACUCCUGUUGGAGGAAACCAAACAAUUUUGUUUGGUGGGAGGGGUUUAGGCUAUGAGGUGCUUAAUGAUGUAUGGCUGUUUGAUACAUCUGAUGGUCACUGGAGAUGGGUACAGUUACUAUUUGACUUGCAAAAUAUACCCCAAGGAUUGACCCUGCCAAGAGUUGGUCACUCGGCUAAUCUCAUCAUAGGUGGACGAUUGCUAAUUUAUGGAGGAGAAGAUUCCUACAGACACAGGAAAAAUGACUUCUGGGUGUUGGAUAUCAGCUCAGUGACGUCCAUUAUGCAGUCUGGGUCUCCUCCAAGCCCGGAUAGAUCAAUGACCAAGUUGUGGAGACGGCUCAAGUCCAAAGGUGACAACCCUUGUGGCAGAUCAUUUCACCGAGCUUGUGUGGAUCCUUCAGGUCGUAAUUUAUACAUCUUCGGUGGCAUGAUAGAUGGUUUACUUAAUCCUGCUGAAUCCUCUGUGUUGAGGUUUGACGGGGAGUUGUUUCUUGUGGAGCUUUUGCUUCAGUGCUAGUGAAUUGGAAGGAGAUUAUUGGAAAAUUAAGUAUGUGGUGAUCCCAAAAUGCUGCUGUUUUACAUGGCAAUG